AUGGGCUCCGAGGCGGGAGGUUUAAGGGCGGCGGGGCGCCGGCGGGCGGGGGCGGCCAGCCUGCGCCGCGCCGCCCGGGAAGGGCCGCAGGGAGCGUGCGGGCAGGAGUGGGAAGGGAAGGAGAAGCGUGCAAAGCUGGCGGCUGUACCGGUGGCGGCUCGAGCUCGGCGGGCGCCGGACGUUUCUUGCCCGGCUCCGAAGUCGCGCUCGCUGCCGGCUGCUGCGCUGCGGCGGCCGUCUACG